CCUGGAAGUGCACGUGGGAGGCGCUGUGUUCUUUUCUCACCGCUACGUCCUCGGUCAAGUUCCCAGCUGCUCCUGUCCGAACUGUCUGGCCGGCCGACAGACUCGCCGUUAGUCGAGGUCGAGGAACCGUGGCAUCACACGUGCGAGCCUGCUGAUGAUUGCGAGGGUAGUGGCCAUGUCCACGAUGAUGUCGACAGCUGCUCCGUGAAGGACUGUGAGAACGUUUCAUCGCCUGAUGGUGGAGCUGACGACGAUGAACUGAACACCGACGGCAGAUCCAUCAGAAGUAAAAAAUUAGGGAAGAUUCUGUUGCGAGAAGCAAAGACUCGCCACCACUUGACCGCAUGUGAUGUAGGUUGUCGCAAGGGUCAUCCUAGAACCAUCCUCAAGCUUAACAACAUCCGGGCAGAGACGUUCGCCGUCGUAUUGGAUGCACUUUACACAGGUGACAAUCCUGUUACAAAAGCUAACGCUGUUGAGUUGUUGAAGAUCGCCUCCAAGCUCCAGAUCCCCAGUCUGAUUGAGCACUGCGAGAGCUCCAUAACCACCUUCUUGCAGCAAAAGGAUCUGCCAACCUCGCUGCUUCUUCGGGUAUCCGAAGUGUCCUCGACACAUCCUCAUCUGGCUCGACAAGCCCUCGGGGUCAUGGCGAGAGACUUUGGGGGAGAGUCGUCCUUGAACUGGUUGGUGCACGUGCACGGGUCGACCCUGCUGGACCUAUUGGACGACGAGAACCUGAACGCGGCUGAGGAAGAUGAUGCCUACGAUGCUUUGUCCAGGUGGUAUCAGCACGACCCACAGAACCGCGCUCGCUACCUGGGCCAGGCCUUCGGCAAGCUUCGCUUGGUCAACCUCAGCAGACGAAUCCUUUUGGACAAGGUGCUGACCUACUGUCACAGUGUCGGUGCUCGGCGAGAAGACUCGACCAAUGAUGCACUCGUCCUUCAAGUUCAGAGAGCUCUGGCUUACCACCUGCUUCCAGACAGGCGCCAUGACGAGAUCAUGCGCAUUGCCGACUUCCGCAGGUCUCAGCCGUCAGAGCGGGUCUUGCUGGUGAUGGGGGACCACGCGGACAAGUUGUUCGCCUUCAGCUUCCGGCGGCAAACAUGGUUCACCUUGUCGCCUCCCCCGCUACCCUUCGGGUUGGGCGUCGCUGCCUGUUGCUAUGACGACGACCUCUACUGCUCUGGUGGCGAGAAGACUCCAUCAGCCUUCUUCAGAUACAGACCCAGGACUGAUAGUUGGAAGAAGUUUCCGGACUUGCGAGAGGCCCGCGCAACCACGCAUGCGCGGCAGUUGGUGACGCGAUCUUCGUGCUCGGGGGAAAGAACGACCGCCUCACCUUAUCUAAAGACACUCUGACAUCAGUCGAGAUGUUUCUUGUCAAAGACAGAAAAAAGGGUUGGACUUUAUUGUCCCACACAGCACUUCCGGUUCCAGUCAGAUCCGCGGCAGUGGCUGUCAUCGGCAGCAAAAUUUACCUCAUUGGGGGCCGGACGACGGGUCUGGCCGAGACAGUGGCGGCGGUUCAGUGCUUUGACACCGCCACGCUUCAGUGCUCUCUGCUCGCUCCCCUCCCGUCCCCAUCAUGCCUUGCACGAACUUUCGUCUGCAACACCUUCGUGUACGUCCUCGACACUAACGGCGAUGUUUUGAGCUUCCGUCCUGACAACAGUUCUACAAGGAACGCAGACGAAGUCUCCAUGAAAACUCUUUCUGUGACCGACUUGCAGACUUCGCAAGACUGCCCCGAGCAGACGAUCGCCUCAGGUGAGAAAACUGUCGUCACCAUGGUCGGAAGGUCAAAAACUUGAAUUGGAAAUGGUACGGCGCAGCCCUGCACUACGACGGAACGUUGUACAUCGUGGCGGGGGAGUUGCCACGUGGCGUUACUGUCCCCAUGGUAACGGUGGAGAGCGCCGACGAGGACGUUUUCCGAGAAACUCGCUUCAUACGACCGAGGCAGAUGGGCAUGUGUCACGUGACGGCGCACGUCAGCAUUCCUCGAGAGUGGCUCCUUCAGAUUGUUUCGUAAAUCGGAGAAAAUGAUUUGACUUCCUCGUAUGACUUGCAUCACAUGAUAAACAGCCAAUGUAAGGAGGGAUGUGACAUUCGAGAAAACAUCGGGAUGAAGUCGAGACAGGAUGCACUGUCGCUGUGAAACAUUUUAUGAAGUUAUCUUCUUGAAAAUGUUGCAGAUGUAAAAAAAGUGACUGCACGAAAGUUGAUGAAUUUAAGAUUAUUAAAGGCUUAUACUUCCAUGA